AUGCAAACUUUGGAAACACCUCCAGCUCAUCAAAUUCAAGCUCGAGAUCCUCCGACAGACUCUUCUUUUGCGACUCCUUUGCGACCCUCAUUCUCUGGGUUCAGAUUAGCUGGAAGUGGUGGUCCAUACAUAGAUGGAGAAGAAGCGACCGUCCUUGCGGCUCGGCCAGCAACAGUCGGACGCGAAGAAGAGAAUGAGGAAGCUGAGGCCUCUGAAGCGGUAGAUGCUGAGGAUGAUGUGUUGCCGCUAGGGUGGGAUUCUCGCACUGAUCAGAACGGUCGCAUCUAUUACGUAGAUCAUGUGAAUAAGCGGACAUCGUGGGACAAGCCAAUUUCGUAA